UUUGUCUUACCUGCCUCCAGCCCAGCCCACCUUCCUCAAAUAUGCAAACCUAUAGUAAACAGACACCUGGCACACCGAGCGAGCAGCUGGACAACCAUCUCCUUUUCCUGUCAGUCGGCAGGUGAGAGUCACCUUGCAGGGAAGUGGGGGGAGCCGGCCCCGAUAACAGCUGGGAGUCCUUCCUUGGGCAAUUAUUAAUCGCAUUCCUGAGCGCCCGGCGUGGCAGGAAAAGAAAUGCCCCAUCGUGUCGAAGGAAGUGGGGUUCAACCGUCGGAAAUACCUCUGGCUGGCCGGCUGGCUCUCUCCGCCACGGCCUUGCUCUUGCUAGUGUUGGCCUACCGGUAUUUCAAGUCUCGAGUGCCCCCUGGCAGCACCCCAGCCGGCGCUGUGGAUGCCAACACCGUCGAAAGCGAGUGGCAGUUUUGCAGCCCGGUGGAAAACAAGGGAGCGGCCCUGAGGCGCCGAGGAGGGCAAGGCAGGGAGACGCAGCCGUACCCCCCGGGGACCCAUCAGCCGACGCAGGUGGGUAGAUGUGGUGCAGUGGCGGAAGAGUGUGAGCAGGCUUGGAUCCUUGCGGGCAGAGAGCUGCCUGACACGAGGAGCACCGAGGCAGGAGAGGAACGAGAGGCAGGGGGAGUGAGCCAUCCGGGAUCCGGGGUGGAGCAAUUGUGGAGGUUGGAAGAUAAGGCUGAGGACACCUCCUCCACCCUCCGGAGCUCCACCAGCAAAGCUGGAGGUGGCCUGGACCGUUCAGGAGGUCAUUCCAGAGCGGUUGGUCUACUCCACAACCGAGAGAGAGAACCUUGUAACGUCCCCGGCUGGGAUGUUGACCCUGUUGAAGAUGACUCUCAUGGUGCUAAGUCAGUGGAGAAGGAUGUCCCUCCCACAGAUGAGAGGGACAUCGGUUCGCAAAGAGGAGAAAGUCAACCGCUGGGAAAAGACACCGGGACUCUCUGUGUGAUGGAGAGGCGGUUUGGCCCAGAGAAGAUCCAGUCCUUUUAUGCCAACAGUGAUAUGGGCUUGGCCAUGGGCCACAGCCACGUGCAAUCUCACGUGGCCUAUGCCUUCUCCUCGGUGGCCAAGGUGGAGGUGGAGGAGAACUUCAUCAAAGAGAAGCAAAGUUCUGGAAAAGCUGAAGACGCUCAACUGAGAGGCAAAGUCUACAACUACUAUGUUCAGUCCACUUCUCAAUCCAUCACUAAUCAAACCACCUUUGGUACCAGCCUGGAUCUCCAACAACCCUGCAACCCCUCUACUCUCAACAUACUUAACAUUUCCAAGAAAUGUGGGAGUGAAGAACCAGUCCGUUCAUCUGUGAGCAAAGAUGAAGUCAACAAGCUUGUUUCGGAGAAAGUCCCAGACAGACCUGCCAAUGUCCUCCUCAGUCCUGCAAAAGACACCCAACCUAAGGACCAAAGAGAAGGAGUUGUUGUUGAAGAAGCUAUCUCCUCAAAACCUCUGUUGGCUAGAUAUCGCUUCGUCCGGAAAGAGAGCUUCCAAAGAAUUGUAGAUAAUCCAGAGUUACAGAUCCCGAUGGAAGGUUUUGGUUCUCUGGAAAUUGGACCCUCAAGUGGCCACCCCUCACCUCCAGCUCUUCUUCACUUGGAUUCUACUUCAUCUCUGGUGAGAUCCAUGCAAAAUCUCUCGAGCAGUGGAAGAGAAGAGCCAUUGGUGGAGCUUGUGGCUGGUGCUAAGUUUUUCUGCGUCCCCCAGAGCUCUGACUCCUCGCUAGAUGUGCACUUAGAUCUGGGGAACUGCUACCAGGUCUUGUGUAUGGCCAAGAAGCAGAAACUUAAGUGUCUGCAAGAAGCGGUGUACAAGGUCAUGAGUGACAACUAUCUCCAGGUGCUGAAGACCCAGGCCAUCUACCGUCAACUCAAUGCUGCAGAGAGGGACCUGAUCCUACAGAAGAGGAUGCAAGGCAAGAAAUACAUGACUGUGGCAGAUAUUGGUUGUCACCCAAGUGGACUCUCUUACUACGAUGAUCAGAAGGACGCUUGGCACCCAUUAACCCGCAUCCCCGUUGAAGCCAUCUCCCGGGGUUGUGCCGUCUGCAGCAUGUUCAACUACCUCUUUGUGGUGUCUGGCUGCGAAGGGUGCAGAAGGUACCAGAAACCAUCCAACCGUGUCUUCUGCUACAACCCCUUGACCGACAUCUGGCAGGAGAUCUGUCCCCUCAACCAAGCCAGACCCCACUGUAAGCUGGUGGCCCUGGAUGGUUGCCUCUAUGCCAUCGGUGGAGAAUGCCUCUACACAGUGGAACGGUACGACCCGCGCCUGGAUCGUUGGACGUUUGCUGCCCCUCUACCCAACGACACCUUUGCUGUGGCCCACACUGCCACCGUUUGCGAUGGGGAGAUCUGUGUGACAGGUGGCACCUUGAGAUACAUGCUGCUGAGGUACGUCGGACGGACGGACACCUGGAAAGUCUGCCUCACUGGAGGAAGUCAGGACAGGACAACCGAGAUGGCAACCGUCAACGGCUUCAUCUACCGUUUUGACCUCAACCAGAGGAUGGGCAUCAGUGUCUAUCGCUGUAGUGCCAGGGCCAAGCUGUGGUAUGAGUGUGCCACCCACCCCGUGCCCUUUCCGCCUUGUUUCCAGUGCGCCGUGGUUGGAAAUCUUGUCUACUGCAUCAACCGGCAGUUCAACCUCCGUUUCCUGGCCGACUUGGUGUCACCACGUUUUGGAAGCAAAGGGCUGAAAAAUUUCCCUUCCCCAAGAGGGACCCUUAUCCCAGCUACCCUCAUCUUGCCCGACGGGUACAAAGCAUCUCAAACAAGGGUUUGAAGGGGCCUGUACAAGCUGCCUUUUGGGGAACAACAAGGAAAACCUACUUCCAAAGAUGAUGAGCCCCUUGUUUCCCUCCCUGCCCAU